AUGAAUGCAGCGGGGGUUACAGCGCCAGAUGUCUCAGCCGCCGCGCUUGAGCUGGCUGCUCUCGAGGGUUUAGCUCCAAAAAACGACUCAGAACUACCCACUGUGGUGCCAGACCAGGGAAAGUCCGAAGAUGCUGCAUCUUCUUCUGGUGGUGCAGAUGCAGAUGCAGCAGCAACAGCAACAGGAACAGCAGCAGCUAUCCAGGAUCGACAAGCUGCUGCUGCUGCUGCUGCUGCUGCUGCUGCAGCAGCAGAUAUCGAGCAGCAAGCUGCAGCAGCAAGCACAGGAGCACCACCAAGCGGGGUCACCGAUGCAGCUGAGGAUACUGCAACGCCUCCUGCCCCAGCCAGUGAAGAUGCAGCACCAGCAGCAGCAGCAGCAGAAGGAGAAGCAGCAGCAGAGGCAGCAUCCACACAAACAGCAGAAACGGCGCAAACGCUAGCACCACCAGCACCAGCAGCAACAGCUGAAGCACCAGCACCAGCAGCAGCAGCAGCAGCCACACAAACAGCAGAAACGGCGCAAACGCUAGCACCACCAGCACCAGCAGCAACAGCUGAAGCACCAGCAGCAGCAGCAGCAGCAGUGAUUCAAAUGCAGCUUCAGGUGCAGAUGCAGAUGCAGCAGCAACAGCAACAGGAACAGCAGCAGCAGGAACGCCCGCUGCACAACACCCAGCACAAUAGAGAAGACAGGGUGGUGCAGGGUGGUGCAGGAGACUAA